AUGAGUACUAGACGUGGUCGUCGAACUAGCCGUGGUCGCGGCAGAGUGCCUAGAUUUGCAGACCCAGUAGAUGAGAUAAGUAUAGAUCCCCAACCUUCGAUAUAUGAUCCUGCUACUACGACCCCGAGGAAUUUGCCUUCUGCUUCUGGUAUUGGCAUUACUACUCCGAUAAGAGGAGCUACUGGUACUGAGCCCGAGUCUACCAGAGUUGUAUUAGAUGAGAAUUUUGGUAGACAAUUUCUUCAGAUGAUUCAGGGAGCUGUCAGAACUGCUGGCAUUAUACCCGAGGUUCCUAUCUCUCAGACCCUUAUUGGAAAUGGAGUCAGGACAUUUAGUGGUCUUACUGGUGGAGAUCCGACUGAGGCUGAGGAUUGGCUUAGUGAUACUGAGCGACACAUGGAUCAAUUAGGUUUAGAUCUGCAUCGAUGUUAUUUAGGAGCAAUUUUUAUGUUGGAUGGGAAUGCUCACACCUGGUGGGAGUCAGUGGUUAGUAGUGUUCAGACCGAUCGUUUGACUUGGGAUUUCUUUAGAGAGUGCUUUAGGAGCCGUUUCUUAGGAGAGCGUUAUUUAACUCAGAGACGACAACAGUUUCAAGACCUGGUUCAGGGAGAUAUGACCGUUUCUGAGUACGUGAUUGAGUUCUUGAAAUUGUUGAAUUGGGAGAGCAAAAGACACGCGGAGGAAGUCGAGGCUUCUGCACUUGACAAUGAUAGAGUAUGUCUAGAAAGUUGUAGGAAGCCUUCUGGUCAGUCUGCACCUUUUUCACGCCCUGAUAAAAUAUCUCGUAUUGUUCCUCAUCAAAUGAGUCGGUCUGAUUCGAGGCCUGCAUCUCCUCCACAUACUGUAGCUAGUCGAGAGGAUUCUGUAUAUUCCACUUCGAAUUUGAGUUGUGAGUUCUGUGGAAAUCAACACGGAGGGGAGUGUCGUAAGAAGAUGGGUACUUGUUUUGGUUGUGGAUCUAGCAAGCACUUCUUGAGAAAUUGUCCAUAUCCAGCUCCUGUCAAUCAGACAGCUGUUCAGACUUCUAUACGUUCUUAG